AUGGACUAUUCUAAUUCCAACAUCGGCGCUGAUUCGACUUUCCAGAGGCAGCAAAACGGCUCUGACUUUGACGAUUACGAGUCCCCAAACGAGAUUCAUAGUCAUCAACCCUACAUUGAACUUCCCUCUUCUCAGUCAAAAUAUCCAUCGCCUGCUGUAGGGAGCAUGGGGUUUGCUUUACCUGAAAGCAAUGGAGGUUUGGGCAUCAUGAACCGGGAUAUGAACACAGGUAUUGGUAUGGGUAUGGGAAUGACCAUGAAUAUGGAUUUGAGAUUUCAUACAAACACAAGCAUGAACAUGACUCCUGGCACACACUCACUUUAUUGUGAGAAUGGUGGCACAGUUCCUUUCCAUGUUCAGCCAAAUCUCACUUCAUCCCAUGCAGUUAUGAGGUGUGAUGCACAGUCUCUGCUUGCUGUAGGUCAUGCAGUGGACACCAACGCUUUUAUGGCAGUUGGGACAACUAGUGCACCUGCUACUCGACCUAUCCCAAUUCCUCUCCCAAAUCACAGCUUCCAUUCUGCAUCUCAGUUUACUAUGACUCCUGAAUUCAACUCAAGCUCUUAUGAAUACUCGUCCUCCCCUUAUUACUACUCAGCAUCACCUGCUACCUCGUCGUCCUCAACGAGCAUUCACAGUGAGGAAUAUAACCACAAGGUUGUGAGAAAUGUGGACGCAUCUCAGUUGGCUGCGAAGUCGCCGUCGCCUGGAUCACCAAUUUCUACCUCAUGUCCAGCAGUCUUGGACAGCAAAAGCUCUACUCCAAGCUCUCCCAAUCCGCCAGUUCAACUCGUGCAGAAGAAAAAGUCGCCCGCUUCUUUCGAAUGUCAAAAAUGCGGCAGGUUCUUCACUCGUGGUGCCGAUGUCAAGCGUCAUGAGACCAGCGUCCAUUCCCCUAGACCUAUGGAUUGCCCCGUGAAGAAUUGCGUUCGCAAGGGGAGCAUUGGUUUCCCACGUCGUGACCAUCUCAUGGAACACUUGCGCACCUUCCAUAAUCAGAACAUUCCAAAACGUUGCGGAACUAAGAAACGCAGAACUAACGCUGCACUUGAUCACUGAUCUCAUCGAGUACGAUUGUAAUUCGGUAUAUCGACUCUAUUGCAUAGACAUACAUAUUACGACUGAUGUCUUGAUGAUUUACGAUUGGAGGACGGGGAAUGUCUUGAUGAUGCUGGAUAUUUUCAACCACUUGUUCCUUUUAUGAUCCCAUUUCAUCUUCCA